AAUUUGUAAUAUUCGAAUCACAACAUUCACAAACGUCAAUCAUAGAAGUGUUCAAAUAUUGUAUUCAGAAAUUCAGAAUUUUAGAGUAACAGCAAUAUUACAUUCAACAUUUUUUGAUAAUUAAAAAUUAUCUAUUGUUUCUAGUUUAAGUAUAUAAUCUUAUUUUUGAGCUUUCCAUAAUGUUCGAUAAUUUAUCAAUUCGGAAAUGGCAUAUGGACUUUGUGGGACAAAAACAUGCUGAAUAUUUAUUUAGAACCAUUAUUACUACGUGUGGUUUUGUUGGAUUUAUUUUGGGAUAUGUAAAAGAACAAUUUUCAAUCACAAUUGGUCUAACAUUAAUUGGAUUUUUUGUUUCUGCUUUACUAACAAUUCCUCCUUGGCCUAUAUAUGCUCGUAAUCCACUCAAAUGGCAAAAAGUAAAGAAGAUUAAGAAAAUUGAAAAUAAUUUAACCUAUGAUGAGUACAAGGAAGAUAAAAAGAAAGAAAAAAAGAAGACAAAGUGAAUUAGUUUAUAGAAUUCUUUUAUGAUAUUGUGUUUUUUCCUAUUAUAUUGUUUAAUUUAAAUCCAUUAUUUGAAAUAAAUAUAAGUUAUAUAUAUUA